GCGAGCUUCACACUGAGGGUGGAUCCCUUUCUCUCUCCAAUGCCAGAGUACGGCAAGAUGAUGGUCGGGACAAGACGUAUCGGCAGAGCACACACUAUGCUCGAUUCAUCAAUUGGUUAAGCCAUCUUCACUCUUGAUAAGCCUUUGCAAAGAACGGUUCGGGCUGAGUCACGGCAUUUUCGGACUGAAAAGUCUUCCCGAUGUUCUUCAAGGUUGUCUAUGUCUCCCCCUCGGGGCUGGGAAGUCCCUUCAAAGGCGCGAGGAAUUGCCUCAAGCUGAUUGAUCGCAGCAACAAACAGCUUUCUAACGUCUUUGAUCAACGUGUAGUCCAGCUCAUCUUCGCCUUCGCUGUUUUGGACAAGGAGGGACCUUCCAACUUUGACACUGCCAUCUUCCAACCUUUUAACCAGCGUGUCGAAGUCACCAACAACCUGUACUCCAUCGCUAGACGGGCCUUCGAAGACGAUGGCAUUGUCUAUGACCAAAAGGCGAUACACCUUCGAACCAUGACCUGCGUAACCGUAGCUGGUUCCACAGAUAUCAUGGUAGCCACCAGCAUAGCAUGA